AUGUUCAAAAUUGGGUUGCAAACCGCGCAAACAUCAUUGACACGAACACCAGCGGUUCUGAGCUCAUCUGCGAGAGGAAUCGCAAAUAUCCCAGCUCAUGAAUAUCAUAUUCGUUUUGAUCAACAAAGUGGAAGAAAACGACCUGCACAAGAUGUUCUAGAUAGGUAAGGUAUUUCGUUUGGGAAAUUGUGAAGUUUUUAACGUUUGGGAAAAUAUGAAAUAAAUUUCAGGUUCAAGCGAUUGAAUAAUGGAAUGUGGAUUCAUGCACAUGCCGGAAAAAAUAAAUUGAGAUAUAUGAAAGAUGAUAAAUGGCAAAAGACCAGCUUAUACUAUGAAACAUGCACAAAGGUUUGUGUUUUUCCUUGAUUAAUUAUAAGUUUUGCUCUUUAUAACAUCGUAGAAGUUAGAAAUCUCAAAUCCUUUUCUCUAACAUCAAUUUUUAAAAAUUACCUCUGAUAGUGUAGUUCCCGCAAAUCAGCAGUCAUGACGAUAAUCUGAAGUGAUGCAAAAACGUUAUCAAAUUUGUUGAAAAAAAUUAAUGAAAAAAAAGUAUCUUUUAGGAACAAUGUCAAAUGUUGGACAAACUGGUCACACCAUUUUGGCUCCGCCCAAAACAUUAUCCAAAUGAUCCAUAUCAAGCAUAUAAUGUAAGACACGGUGAGUUUUGCUUUUUUGAAAAAUCAUUACAGCUCAAAGAACAGCUGUUUUCACUUUGAGCAACCAAAGGUCGUCUGAAAAAUCGUAUAGAAAUUUGUUCUGAUGAUGCUUUCAAGCAUUUUUAUACAUCCUCAUGUUAGAUAUAAAAGUUUGUUUGAAAAAUGAUUUAUUAUUUAUUUAUAAAACCAUUAAAAAUAUUUUUUCUUUCAGGAAUCGAUUCUCCUCGCGUUGAUGACAAAGGUCGAUUUGUUCGCGAACGUCGAAAGGUUCUUCUCGAUGAUUCGACAUCUUCUAGAUAUUUCAAUGAUUGUUAA